AUGGAAUCGGACGAAAGCCAGAGCGAGUGGAUUCCCUUGAGCCUGAGACCGGAAUGGGCCGACGUGAGACCGGUCCCGCAAGACGACGGUCCGAACCCGGUUGUGCCAAUCGCGUACAGCGAUGACUUCGCUGAAACCAUGGACUACUUCCGGGCCGUUUACUUAGCCGACGAGCGGUCUCAUCGGGCUCUUCAUCUCACCGCCGAAGCCAUCUUAUUCAACGCCGGCAAUUACACUGUAUGGCAAUUUAGGCGUCUUAUACUUGAAGCACUUAAGACCGACUUGCAUGAGGAAUUGAAUUUUGUUGAUUUUGUUGCUAGAGAAAAUUCCAAAAACUAUCAAAUAUGGCAUCAUAGGCGGUGGGUUGCUGAGAAACUGGGAACUGAUGCUAUGAGGAGGGAACUUGAGUUCACCAAAAGAAUUUUCUCCCAGGAUGCCAAGAAUUAUCAUGCAUGGUCCCAUAGGCAGUGGGUUCUUCAGGCACUAGGAGGAUGGGAAGAUGAGCUUGCCUAUUGUCAGCAACUCCUUGAAGAUGACAUUUUUAACAAUUCUGCUUGGAAUCAGAGAUAUUUUGUGGUGACAAGAUCUCCUCUCUUGGGAGGCCUAGAGGCCAUGAGAGAGUCAGAAGUACGUUAUGCAGUUGAGGCAAUUUUGACCAAACCGGAGAAUGAAAGCUCGUGGAGGUACCUUCGUGGCUUAUACAAAGACAAUGCAAAAUCUUGGGUAAAUGAUCCUCAAGUCUCUUCAGUCUGUUUGAAGGUUUUGACUUCCAAAAACAAUUACUUGUUUGCUCUGGGCAUGCUUUUGGAUCUUCUCUGCCUUGGUUUUGAACCAAGCCAAGAACUAAAAAAUGCUGUAGAUGCUCUGAAUUAUGAAUCAGAUCCCUCAGAUUCGAACUUGGCAAAAACAGUUUCUUCCAUCUUGGAACACGUGGAUCCGAUGAGGGUAAAUUAUUGGAAGUGGCGCGGAAGUACAGUGCCUCACAAACGUGUCUGA